AUGAUGGCGACUGCAGGGAAAACUGAGGAUCUUCACGGUAUCUUCAAGAUGUUAGGAGAUCGAGGACAAGAGGGUGAAUGUUGGAAGAAAUACACUGAAAAUGUAUUGGUGAACGUGUGCCACCUGAUACCGGAAUAUCUCAACCAUGCCCAGCUUGACAAUUGCUUCCUGUUUCGACCUUAUGGAAGCGCCGUGGAAGACUUGAAGAGCUUAGCAGCCGAUGAUGUUGGAGAUCUGGAUAUUGUGAUCACCUCCAAAUCGGAAGAUUUGUUGAUUCACGACGAAAUGAUCGAAUAUUUACCCCAGCACCCUCUGCAUGUUAGAAUUAAAGGAAGGGAUCAUCCUCUCUUACAGUCCUGUCUUGUGGAAGACACGCCUUACGUCGCCACUUCAGCCAUCAAGAAUUUGCAUCCCUUAAUUUACGGAAAAUCAGCAUCCUAUUGGUUUAAGCUUAUCGAUAGCUUUUGUCAGGCUGCAAGUCGAGGGAAAUCGGGCCAAGAUGUCGAUGCGGAAUUUAAAAACAAAGAGGCCCGCCCGGCUGCUCAGGUGGAAUACACGCAAUGGUUUGGUCCUCUUUCUGGAAGGAUGGAACCUGACAUGUCUGAGUUGGACCCUACCGAAUAUGAAUGGCUUAUUCACUAUUUUUUAGCGGCCAAAGGACUUAAAUACACAAAAGAGAUGGCUGAAAUUUUCUACGAGUACAUAGCAUUUGUUAAUGAGAGUAAGACGUCCUGGCGUGAAAAGGGUCUCUUUGACGAUCCAAGGGCCUUGAUGCUAGACAUGUUAUCAAGCGAUCGCGGUUGGCACCUCUUGACAAAAUUUCUCGAAAUGCAAAAAAAGCUAACACAAAACGAAAGCAAAGGGAGUGGAGAUUUCAGCCAAAAAACUGCCAAGGAAUUAAAAGCCAUCGUAGAUCAAUCAAAAGCGGGAGGUUUAGCAGAACUGUGUCAGGCCAUGUCAAAGGAAGUAACUGAACUACUUUUAAAGAAGGACGAAGAAAGGAGAAGAAAGGAUUGGACCGGCGACAGCGAAACUGGUGAGAGUGAGACGGCUGACACAGAACAACAGCCCUUAUCAGAAAAAGGCAAACUAAGCCAUCUGCAGUUUAUGAACGACAUUGAAACAGAGAUCAGCGUCCUUGUCGACCAUUUGUUGGGAUUGGAUAAAGAAAGAGAGGGUCCGUGGAGGAAAAAAGAUGUACGGGGAGCUGAAAAUGAACCAAUUGCGGGUGGAUUGGAUUUCGUCCCCGCUCUCAGGUGCACCGGAUGGCCGCAGGUUGCACGAGAUUGGCUCAAACGAGAACGAAAAUGGCCUUCCCAUCACGUGGUCGACAAAGUUGUUCACGACGGCUUCCAUUUAGUGGUAAAGCCUCCAAAAGAUGGCGGAAAUCCAAAAUGUGACUUCAGAAUUGCCUUUAACCAUGCAGAAUACCUGUUAAGCCAAGCGAUGAAUGACAUCCAGCGUGAGUGUUACCGAUGCCUGAAGAAAUUUCAUCGUGCCUUUCUCAAGGAUCCAAAGAGUUUGCUGACAUUUCACUUGAAGAACCUACUUCUGCAAACAAUCGAGGAAACCGGUGCCGAACUGUGGAUCGAAAGUAACCGAGUCGAGUGCGUGGAGAAGCUGUUAACAAACCUCCUAGAAGCUCUCAGAAAGAAAGAAUUGCCGCACUUCUUUGUAAGAUCUUACAACUUAUUUGGUGUUGACUACGUGGAUGAUCCCGAGAUUCUUGAGACACUGGCAAGAAAAGUUGAGGCGAUUUUGGAAAAUACGAUGCAGUUCGCGAAGGAGUUGAUUCAGAAGGAGGCGCUUUCAAAUCAAGCAACACUAACUAAAGAGGAAAGCAAUUUAGGCAGCAAACCAAAGGCCAAAACGGCUUCAGAACAAGGAUAUGGGCAGGAAGCAGAAGCACUCAAGGACGACACCAAUGCAGUAACCAUCGCAGGACCAAGCAAUUGCUUUCACGAUUUGAAAGAUGAAUAUCUGGGUAUAAGCUUACAGGUGAUCAGUUUAGCUUUCGACGCCCAUUUCGAAACUAUUGAAGCUCUCGAAUCUGUCGAAAAAACCUUAGUUUGGGAUGUCAAGGAAAUGAUCGCAAAGCACAACUUAGACGAUAUGGAGCUCAAGGAGGUGCUUGAAGGGUUGUGGGAUGCGAUCUACUUAAAGGUCCGGCUGAAUCCUGAGCCGAACAUGAGACACCGUAUGCUUGAUGCAAUCAGAGGUGUGGUUGAAACGAUGAAAUACGUAAUGAGGCAAAAGGAAUUCUAA